AUGAAUAUGCUUCGAGAUGUGUCCGUGCUGGCUAUGGUGUGCAUGGUGUCCGCUGCGAAGCUGCCAGGCUACAGUGCUGGAGGCGACUCUGGCUUAGGCGUCGAUCUCAGCGACGCAGGAGGCCACGGCGGCGGCGCAGGAGGGGCUGGAAGUGGUAGCGUUUUCCCAUUCGUUUUUGUCGGCAGCGGAAACCUUCCUACUAGUGCUAUUGGAGGCGCUGCCGGAGGCGCUGUUGGACAGGAGUACACUGGACCAAGCACUAGUCCUGUUGCCCCUGUUGUUACCGUUGAUGAAGAAUACGCUGGCCCAGUUGCCGCCGUAUCUCCUGUUGUCACUGUAGAAGAGGAAUACACUGGGCCAAGCACUGGUCCUGUUGACCCUGUCGUUGCCGUUGAAGAGGAGUACACUGGGCCAAGUAUCGACGCUGGCCCCGUUGCUGCCGUCUCUCCUGUAGUGAAUGUUGACGAAGAAUACAAUGCUCCCGUUGCCCCCGUUCCAACCGUUGAUGAGGAGUACACUGGGCCCAACGAAGCUGCCCACGUCAGCCCCCCUGUUAGCGAAUACAGCUCACCAAACCACUAA